AAUUAAAAGUUGCCAAAUGGAGAUAUUGGGUUUCAAGAGGAGUGAGACAGGAGUAAAAGGGUUUGCCUCUUUGAGUCGUCUUUAUGUUAUGCUAAUCUGGAUAAAUAUUUAUAGCUCGACGCGGGUUAGCCCUUUCGACGGAUUCUAGUUAAAAAAAAACAAUAGGCGUCGUUCGAUCCCGCGGCUAGCUAACCGAACCGAACAGGCCGAGGUUUUAAAGGCUGGGGGAGGAAAACAAAAUGCGGCUCCCAUUCUGGACAGCGACCCGACCAAGACCCGGACCGGUUCUACUGCCACCCGAAUCGAAGCKUUUCGGUUCGACAUGUCGAUACAAAUGUGACGUUUAUGGUUGUUGGCAGAGAUGAGCCCCGUCAUCAAAUGAAAGCUUCCCGCAGCAGAGAAACACGGGAGUCCGUCAGCGACGACGGGCGUUUUGUCCUGCUUCAAUGCGAUUAUCACUCAGUCGGUUCGGGUCUAUUUUUGGAAAUUAAACUCAGAAAUACUCCCAACCGGGUUUGUGAAACCGGUGCUGGUUCCCUUCAGCAGAAAUCAGUCGGUUUCAUGUUUUCUGCGUCGCCUACAUGCUAGGACGGUUUUCGUGGACAAAUGCUCAUAAAACCAUAGUGGCUCCUCUAAAAUACAGCUUUUAAUAAUCCAGAUUAAAAACAACAACAAGCAAAGAAUAAAACACAUUUAGGGAUUGCAUUUUUGUUUUUAUUACUUUCGGUCAAAACUGUUUUCUAACGAGGUGAAAAACUACCUUUUAAGUACUGUUAUUUUACCAUAUAUCAAAGUAAUGUAGUCGUUUUUAUUUAUUUAACGUGGUAAUUUAUAAGUGCAAAUGUUGUAAGAGAUACAGCCUUAUUUUCUUCUCUUACGAAGGUGAAAAUGGCUGAUUUUAGUCAGUUCUGCAUCGAUUAAGAUACAAAAGUGUCGCUGUUUGUUAAUAAAAAUCCUUUCUAACAACUGCUAAGUUUCUUACAAAUAAAACAGCUCAUGUCGCAAAUGAAGCUUCACAUUUUUAUUAAAGCUACUUUAUUCAGGCAAAGCUGCCCACUCUUUGUUGUCCCGCGAAUCAAAGAUGGCGGCUGAACGUGGUUCAGCCACAAAGACAGCCCAUCAGCCAUUUUGUAGCUCUGCAGUUGUCCCCCUCCACACACGAAAUCCUUCAUUUACACCUAAAAUAGUCCAAUUUGGGACCUAAUGUGAUAUAACAACUUGAAACCAUGAUUUUCUGACACUCUCCCCUCUUGAUUAAAUACAGUUCUUACAAAUCAUUGCUCAUGAUAAAAUAAGUGCCCAUGUGUUUCAUUUGCCCCCCCUGUUUUUUGUUGCACCAUAGAUGCAUACCACCACUGGCUGGAGUGACAUAAAGCCACUCAGUGUAGCAAUGAAGCUCAAAUAUAUUCAGUUCGAAGCAGGGUGGAGUUAUUUACACAGGAAGGCCAGUUUUUGCUUUGGAGAGACAGGAGUUUGUGUCAGACUACAGUGAAAGCCAUCUUGUGAAUAACAAAUGCUCCUGCUCCACACCCCUGCUUCAUACAGUUUUUUUUUUUGCUUCACAUACCUCCCUAUCGCAGUUUCACAAGCGACCAUGUAGCUGUACUAAAUGCAUUUUGUCCCCCCUCUUGCAGCUCAGCCUGUUACAAAAGAGAAAAGGCUUAUUAAAUGACUGAAUCCAUGCUUCCUGGUGGAUAUCUGUGUCAUGGAUGAUGACGACGAUCGCCGUCUUCUGGAUUUCUUAGGAGACGUGGACGCGCUGAAUGAUUAUCUCCAUGGCAGCAACAGCAAGUCUAUUGAGGAGGAUGACGUGACAAAUGCAGCUUAUGGAUCAGAUGGAUCUUUCUUUGCCAGCAACACAACUAACUCCAACASUUGUCUCAAAGAUGGCUCUUCUUCCAUGGGUGACUUUGGAGAGGACUCGGGACUCACUCUGGAGAGGGCAAGCCUCCAGCUCUCCAGCAGCCUUUCGUUCAUCGAGGAUGAACUGGGGGCUGGGAGCUCCCCCGAAGACGUGGACCUCGGCGGAGAAGACCAGCCUUUCGACAUCCUCCAGAAGUCUCUCCUGGAGGCGGACAUCACGGAGCAGACGCUGGCCCAGGAGGCCUUGCUGGACUCCCAGCCGGCUCCCACCCUCGUGCAGGCUCCGGUUCCCUUCUCCUCCCAGCUGGUCUCGGGGGGCUACGGAGGUGGGGUGGGCGUGGUGACCACGGCGGCGGCUGCGUUUCCUGCAGGCCAGCUGCUGCAAGGAAUGUCGUCGCUGCCCAACGGCUCCACCCAGCAUAUCCAGGUGUUGGGCUCGUUUGGGGCGGGGGCCGGCGUGAUGACGCUGAGCAGCUUGGAGAGGACUCCUCAGAUUGUCAUAAGGCCGGGGGUGCCUGUCGCUACAGCAGGGGCUGCCCCAGGAGGGCAGGUGUUUGCCCCGAACCAAGGGCAGAUAGGACAAGUCGGCUUACCUUUGAAAAAUAUUCCUCUUCAAAACAUCAUAAUUCAAAGAGGCCCAGGAGGGACCCAGACUAUCGUCAGACCAAUACAGCCUAAACCCCCUCAAACGGGCUCUCAGUCUGUCUACAGCCUCGGUCUACAACCCACUCCCACUACCGUGGCAAACACCGCUGCUGUGGGGCAGUACACAGCUAACGGUACCAUCYUGGUCCAACCACCACUAGAGCAGCAGCAGGUGCAGGCCCAGACGAACUUACCCACAGGGCAGUUCCUAAUCCCCAACUCUUUGACUCUCACUCCGUCCUCCACCAUCCCCAACGGCUCCACCAACCCCUGCUCAAGUGCUUUAAUGACCAACCAAAACACCGUGCAGAUCGCCGCYGAGCAGAACUUCACCGCGCCUCCAGGAGGCCAGCUGAUCCUGAAUCAAUGCGUGGUGAGCGGCGGGAGUCCGGUCGUCGGAGCCGCGACCCAGACGUGGAGCUGCGCCCCCGCGCAGACGUCCUGCACGCCCGGGCGGCUCACUCUGGUCGGCCCGGCGGCCGCRGGGAUCGGCGGCCCGGCCCAAGCGUCGGCGUGUCCCGUGCAGCGCCURCUAGUGACUCAAACGCAGAACUGCACCUCUCUGUCGGCUUUACCCGGCAAUGUGGCGCAGGAGCAGAAAGAUUUCCUACAGAAUUCGUCAUCACCUGGGUUUAAACCGGCACAGUUUGGCAGCAUUCAUGUCAUGAAAACCAUAAUGCAAAACUCAACUCCAAACUCUGAGGUCAGUUUACAGAAGAGGCCCAUCGGUUCCUCACUCACAAGAGGAGAACUCAUUUUAGAGCACUUGAGGAAGGAUCACGCCCGGGUUCAGAACCCGGACCGACGGAGGUUCCGCUCCGUUGACGACGCCUUGCAAAGACUGCUGCCUUACCACGCCUUCCAUGGUGCUCCACCCAGCCAGGGCGAGUUCUCACAAGUGGACGAGGAGUUUGAGGUGGUUGCAGCUCAGGUGCUGAUGAGGACCGAGGCCAUGGUUAACAAAUACAGACGGRUGCUGUUAGUGGAAGCUGAGCGAAACAGUCCUUCGUCAGAAAUGGUGAUGAUUGACAGGACCUUCAACCAAGAGGAGCGCAACAACCUGACGCAAGACAAACGGACAGUACUUGUAGAUCCAGACAACUUCCUCGAGGACUUCUGUUGUGGAAGGAAAUCCAAACGUUUCCAAGAACCCGUUCCGUCUCACUCAGCAGCCAGUGAGAGUUGGGACCAGUCGGAACAAAGCUCUGGGGAGUCACCGUACAGGACAGACUCCCAGUCUGGGUACGGAGACCCAGGAGGGGGUGGGAAUGUAGGGCCAGGUCCAACAGAGAGACUCCACCCAUCGCAUUUAGAAAACAAAAAGGUUUUGGAACUGAAGAGACCCCAGCAGUGCUUCGGGUCCAGCGGCAACAGCCCCGCCGCUGCCAAAAGCUACUCGCAAGGUAAACCUGCACAUUUCGCAGCGGCUUCAGGAGGACAGACUCACUACUCGCAGCAUCUGUCCUCCCCGCCGACGCAGCCUCCGUACUCGCCCCACGUCACCUCUCCGGCCCACCCGGACACAGAUUCGGCUUUAGAGGCGGCCGUCAACAGCAUCCUGGAAUGUUAACACUGAUGCUACAUUUCUUCCCCGUUUUUAUUUUUGUAGGUACCUUUUUUUUUUUUUUACUUUUUUGUAAAAUGUGCGUGAAGAGAGGUUCACUCUUUUAUUAUUAUUUUUUUCCCAGGUCCAUGUGAUAUGCAGCUAUGUAGCAUUUCUGUCCAAGUUUUUUGAGGCAUUUCGUCGGAGUUAGAUACGUUGAGGUGUACCUGGGCACUUAACCUAUAAAGAUCCGGGAAUGUGUGCAAUGCAGCGGAUAAAAUAGAUGAAAUUAAAAAAAAAAAAAAACGUUUUUAUUGUCAAGCUGUAGGUAAAUGAUGCAGCUCUGAAUGCAGGAGUGUUUCUCUCUUCACAGGCGUUUAACAGUUUGUGCCAUUUAAUUUCUGAUGAAGAGGAGGAAGAGCGUGGCGACUCUGUGCCUGAUUUUAAGUUUUUCUAUGGAAGUGUUUACAUGAAGAAGCUCUACUUUCUUAUUUUUUUAUCAUUUUGAUAGAGUAUUAGAGCCACCCGGAAGAAAAAUUUUGAACAGAAAAAAGCUGAACUAAAAAAAAAAAACUUUUAAACAUCUGAAGCUUACAUUGUUCCUCAGUCUGGACCAGCAGGAAUUUUGAGUAUUUCGAAGUCAACACUGAGUGUUUGAGGCUUUUAUUGUGAAAGAUUUCAACUAGUUCCACUGCAGCAGGAGUGAUAUGGUGCAGCUCAGACUGCUUUAAUUUAAGUUAUUUUGUUAGUUCAUUAAACAAGUUUUUUUUUUCAAUAACAUUUCAAAUUUAACCUUAAAACAAAAAUAACCUCGCUUUAAUUCCUUCUUACUGGCUCUAAUACUCUGUCAGACAAUACAAACCUGAGAAGUGCACAUGUGUGAUUAGUGUUUUUUUUUUAAUAUAAUCUUACUUUCACAUGGACAAAUUGCACUAAAACAGUCAUUUCACCUUUUUAUYUGAAGGAGACGUCCUCGUAUGCGAGGCGAAAUAGAAAUGUGAACAUUUGGAGCAGAACCAAAACCUUUUUUUUAGCUGCCUGGAAUAAAAAUAUAGACCUCGUAAUCACACUAUGAGAAACUCAUCAAACUCGUCACGCAGCGUUACUGUACUCGACUGUGUUCUUUAUUUUAUUUUUCCUGUCAGUUUUCUGUUGUACCUUAAAGGUAUGUGAGUCCCGACACAAACGCAGAGCAGAUUUUUGCCACUUCUCAUCUUUUCACGGUGAGUUUGUGUCCGCGGAGCUUAAGUCCUCAGAUUGGGGAAGAUAUGUUAAGUUGAUCUUUUUUAUUGAGAUUUUCAGUUCCUCAUUUUUAGAAAUGACUUUUUUUAAAUUUUUUUUUUUUUUGUGUGUGGCGAUGUGUUCAACUAAACUGAGCAUCGUCUGGAAACAAUCAUGUAUUGAUAUGUUUAUGAUUUAAUAUCGUCACACGUCUGUCAGUGUGUUCUCGGCUCGUCUCGUGCAGUUUGCCAUGUUUUCCAGCUCACAAAACGUUUCUGAUGUUUCAKUGUCAGCAACACAACCAAAAUAUAAACAUUAAAAACAGAACGGUCUUGUCCAGAAUCCCCUCCGUUUCUACUUUAUUUUUCUGUCUGAAAAUGGCUAUUUUUUUUCUUUAAAGACAAAAUUACUUUUUCUAUUGCAGUUGUAUUUUUCAAUACAAAUCCUUUAAAACCUGCAUUACAAUUUAAAGCUGCUCAGUGCAAUGUUGAAAAAAGUAUAAAAGAAAAAAAAAUGUCCUCAUUGAUGGUUUAUGUUAUUGAAUUACAAUUUUUUAAGCGACAUUUGUCAGCUUCCACGAGUUUAUUUACGCACAGAAACUGCAGAAGUUACUGAAAAUAGGUCAACAAAGGCCACAUCUACAGAAGAUGGAAAUGUUUAAUGUAUUGGUACAUUUUUACAUCUGCAGAUAAAAUACAUGUGCAGAUAAGUGGCCGCUGUUCACUCAUUUGUCCACCUAAAUAUCUGAUGUUCUUCGCCUGUCUGAUUCCACCAUGUCUGUACUACAGCCAGCCUCACGUAGGUCACGUGACUCAAGCUUCUGAGUGCUCUGUUUAUAUUGAGCGCGUACCCGCAUUUCAGAAUUACGUAUCUGUAAAACUAUACUAGUUGAACCUGCCUCAUUGGAUGUCUUUCAGGGUUAUUAUUUUUAUGAAAAAUUAUAGUUAAAGAGUAGCUUAAGAAACUCUUAAAGUGAGGAUUGAUUCUGGACAGCACCGCUUUUCUGUCAAACAUGCAGGAGCAAACGAAAUAAAGCCUUUUAAAUGGAGGGACUUUGAGUUCGUAAACAUCUAGCAGCUUAAACGCUCGGACYGAAAUGGGCUUUGUGACGGUGAGAUUUAGCGUUCGCACCUGCAAAUAACUGCUGCGAAAUUUUUAGUGCCUCUCUAGCGCUUACACGAAGAGAAAUGUUGGAUGUGUGCUGGUAAAACCCAUCUGAAUGCAUGUCAWGGUCUUCAGACCUGCGGGGCUGUGGGGGGGGGGGGCACGCACUCUGCCCCCUCCACAUCUUCUGCAGAGAUUUGUUUCCUUCACUGUCCCGUUUGUUUUCACUUGAUUUGUAUAGUUUUUGUAUGAAAAAAGUUGAACAUAAAAUAUUUAUAAUUUUGUAUGGAGAGAACAAAUAGACACCAAAAGAAAUGUGGGAAUUAUUUUUUAUUGUGUUGGCUGAGGAAGAGUAGUUACAAAAAAUGUUAUUUCAUUCUUUGUAGCUUAGUGUGUUUUCUACAGCGGCAAAAAAAAAGUCAACAAUAAAUUUUUUUUUUUUUUUUUGAAAACAACAGAACGGGUCCAGAACCUUUCUUUGGUGUCCCUSUAUUACCAUUCUGUGAGUGUCCACACACUGAUGGACACAGCAUGCAUAAUCACAUCAUGUGGGAGAGGAAGUAGGAACUCGAAUACGAGAUGUUUGUGUUCGCCGGCAUCAGGACGUUUAGGUUUUAUGUUCCCUUUUCAACGUAGAGGCCAAAGUUUAAGUUAAAACCUGAUGGUUGCAUUUAAUCCUCUGAUGGACUCCAGAAUCAGUGCAUCUGCACAAAAAUACCGAUUUGAAUCCUGGUGCCUUUUU